UUACGAGUUGAUGACGCAUGUGCUUACGUAACUGAACUUGAGCGAAACAUGGCGGCCUCAGUCAGGACACUUGCCCUUAGAGCUCUCUCCGAUUCUAUCCGAAAUAUUCAUCAUGUUUCAAGGUGUAGAAUCAAACAUUUGUGCUGUCGUGCGGCAAUCACUGGGUGUCGCGGAUAUAGCGAUAGCACAGAGGGCAGAAGUACGCACUUUGGUUUCCAAACAGUCCCAGAGGAGGAGAAAGCAGAGAAAGUGUAUAAAGUGUUUGAAAAUGUGGCCAAGAAGUAUGACGUGAUGAAUGACGCCAUGAGUUUGGGAAUACACCGUCUGUGGAAAGACACACUGCUGCACACUAUGAACCCUCAGCCGGGACUACGACUGCUGGACACGGCUGGUGGCACUGGUGACAUCUCUUUUCGCUUCUUGGAGUACACACGCUCAAUGUAUGAUCGUCAGCAGCGGUUGAGAGCAAAAUCCCAUCAGACACCAUCAUGGCAGGACAUCGCUGAUCAUUAUGUGUCAGACAAAGCAGGGUCUCCGCAGUCUCGCGCGGUGGUGUGUGACAUCAACAAAGAAAUGCUCAAAGUUGGUAAACAGAGGGCGGAGAAAGCAGGCAUCACUACAGGUCUUUCAUGGGUCGUGGGCGAUGCAGAAGAGCUCCCAUUCGAUGACGAUCAGUUUGACAUUUACACUAUUGCAUUUGGUAUCAGAAAUGUCACCCACAUAGAGCAAGCUCUACAAGAGGCUUUGCGUGUCCUCAAGCCAGGUGGACGGUUCAUGUGUCUAGAAUUCAGCAAAGUGACCAACCCUCUCCUCACAAGGCUGUAUGAUGCAUAUAGUUUUCAGAUGAUCCCUGUGUUGGGUGAAGUGAUUGCUGGAGACUGGAAAUCAUAUCAGUAUUUGGUGGAGAGCAUCCGAAAGUUCCCAGACCAGGAAACAUUCAAGGAAAUGAUCGAGGAUGCCGGCUUCUUCUGUGUCCAGUAUUUUAACCUGACAGGAGGAAUCGUUGCCAUUCAUUCAGGAUUCAAGCUUUGAGUGUCAGCACACAAUGAUAAGAAAGACUGCAGUUAUACACACAAUGAGCGGAGGAUGUUAAAACGAGAGCACUGGUGGACCAGACACUUGGUCUCAGGAAACUCUGCAUGAAAACCCCUUUGUUCUUGUAUUUGUUCUGUUGGUAAUAGAAACACUUUAAACCUCUGAAAUGCUGCGGGUUUGACUGAUAUGUUGAAAAUGGCUUAAUUAUUAAAGGCUGAUGAAAUGUGAGCACUAUUUUUUAUUUGUGCAAGAUGGACAAUGUGUUUGGUUUUUGGGAAGCACAUGCUGACCUAAUAAAAGAUUAAAUAUA